AUGAGUGACUCCUCAGAUGCAAGGAAGCCCAUUCGACUUCCAGCUGAGGCCUCUAAGAGAGAAGAAGCUGAGAGAAUGUACAAUCAAGAACUGCUGUCACCAUCUUGCGCUCGCGGGCGUCCGCUUCGGGGCCCAGGGGGCGAAACGUCCCGAGUGUCCGCCGACACCGGAGAGCCGAGCCGCGUACACUAUCAGGGGCGCAGGAACGUGAACUGGUACUUUUCUCAUUUCUAUGUCAUCUCAGUGCUGUGGAAUGGCUUCCUGCUUUGGUGCCUUACUCAAUGCCUGUUCCUGGGAGCGCCUUUUCCAGACUGGCUGUACACUUUACUCAGAAUUCUUGGGGCUGUGCAAUUCCGCGGGGGUGAGUUGGCGCUGUCUGCAUUCUUAGUGCUGGUGUUCCUGUGGCUGCACAGCUGGCGGAGACUCUUCGAGUGCCUCUAUGUCAGCGUCUUUUCCAACGCUGUCAUUCACAUCGCGCAGUACUGCUUUGGACUCAUCUACUACAUCCUCGUCGGCCUCACUGUGCUGAGCCAAGUGCCAAUGGACGGCAGGAAUGUCUAUGUGGUAGGGAAAAAUCUCUUGAUGCAAACUCGGUGGUUCCAUAUCCUCGGUAUGAUGAUGUUCAUCUGGUCGUCGGUCCAUCAGUAUAAGUGCCAUGUCAUUCUCGGCAAUCUCAGGAAAAAUAAAGCAGGAGUGAUCAUUCACUGUAACCACCGGAUCCCCUUUGGAGACUGGUUUGACUAUGUUUCCUCCCCUAACUACUUAGCAGAGCUGAUGAUCUACGUCUCCAUGGCCGUCACCUUGGGAUUCCAUAACGUAACUUGGUGGCUGGUGGUAACAUAUGUCUUCUUCAGCCAGGCUCUGGCAGCUUUCCUCAGCCACAAGUUUUACAAAAGCAAAUUUGCCUCCUACCCGAAGCAUAGGAAAGCCUUUCUGCCAUUUCUGUUUUGAGAUAACCUCAGUCAUGAAGAAUGCAGACCAGGUGGCUGGCUCAAUUCCUCAGGACAAGGACAUCUAGAGACCAAAGCGCAGUUUCGGCAGAGCUGUUAGAAACUCUGUGUUUAUACCCAACGUCUUCACUGGAUGAGCAAAGCAAUAUCCAUCAAGAAAAUGAAACUUCAAAGCACUGCUUCUGGCAGACCUGCGAGUGCUGAGUUGCUUUACCAAACCAGCCAACUGCUAAAAACUGGAUGAGACUCCUCGGGGCUGCUUCAAAGCAAACUAACCCGGAGCGUGCACACAGCUCCAAACACGCACCCACAGCCACAGAGGAAGAGGAGAUCGUCUGUGGCUUUGUUAGGGACAAAUUAACUGGACAUCAUAAUAAGUGAUACAGUAAGUGCUCCGUGACUGCUUGUCGCAUUUUAAUAAAAGCAGAAUAGCUUCUGAAAAUAACAACAAUAUGCCAUUUCACACUAAAAGAUUCAGGGAACAAUGAGUCCAUUGUAGUUAAUUUAUACUUUCACAUAUUACCACAGAUUUCCAGUAUGGAAUCAUCACUAGUCAUUUCCACUCCUCUCCCCCUCAAAUCAUAGCCCAACAGAAAGUCUGAAACCUCUUUUAUUGAAUACCAUUUGACAUCCUUUUCAGGGGAAUACCUUAAAAUGAAAGCAUCUGAAAAUAAAGUAUUUUUGUAUUCAUACAUGAGAA